AACAGUCUAAAAUCGCAAGAAAACGAAGGUUUAUUAAGUUAUUUCUAGUGAAAUUCGAUUAAAACUCCUAUCAUAUAGUAUAAUAGCAUGAAAAGCACGCAAAUAUGUCGGCAAUAAGUGAAUACGAAGGAAAUAAAAUUUUAGAAUUUUUUAAGAGCAAUCCUGAUAAUGAGAAGAAGUUAAUUUCUAUCGCUAAAACCAUAACAAAAAACACCUUAACUCAUUUAUCAACAAAUGAUGCUUACAAAAUCGUCAUCCUUCAUAGCGAGUCAGUUUCAAGUAUAUUGAAUAGGAAAACUGUAUCAAAGGAAAUGCUGCUAAAAUACCUCACUGAUAGUAAUAUUCCAGUAACGAACAAUUUUACGAAAUCAACACUAGUCGAACAGGUCAUUGAGUAUUGGAAGAACCUAGAGAAUGGCGUUAAAUAUUCUCCAGUAUCCAGCAUACAGCAACCAGAACCGCUUUCUCAACAACAACCACAGCAAAUUUAUCCACAACAUCACAUAACAUACUCAACAGAUCAUCUUGCCAGACCAACAGAGAACUUUCCUAUUAAUGUCAUGUCAAGGAACUUUUGUAGCUGGUUUUAUAAGAACUUUAAUGAAUUUACAAUACAGCCGAAUGAUUUUUGGAGUGACUGUACUAUCCACGUCCAAAUGAUUGACAGGAACGGCGAUCUCAAAGAGGAUUCAACUAUAACUGCUCGUCUCGUACUUAACUUACUGUAUUCUAUUAAAAGUCAAUUUAAUUUCUAUUUUAAUCCUAACUUAUCGUACGAAGGAACUCGCGGGAAGUAUGUCAUACUUAACUUAAAGUUAUCAUCUUCAUUAUUAACAUUUUUGAUUUAUUUAAGAAUGGAUUUGCAUGGAUUGGUCUUAAUACUCUGUUGUGGAACACUUCAUUCUCACGAAUCAGUUGCUGACGGCGUCUUUGAAUCUGUUUUUGGACUAAUGAGAGAUCCUUUCAGCGAGAAUAACUGGAAAAUUAAAAAUAUAAAGUUGAAACUACAAAGCUCAAUUGGCAUUAGCCAUAAAGCUCCUGAACUCCAAAACUGUCCAUCUUUGCAACAAUUUCUAGCCCUACCAGAAUGUGAAGAGACUUUAUGA